CACAUCUGGCCAAKAUUUGUGGGAAUUAAGGUCUUUUUAAAACUUGAUUAAUUUUCUUGAAUGUACUUGUGUUUUGUUGACAACAGAGUGGAGUAUAAUUACUACAAAUACCACCCAAUGGAAGAGAUCAGCAGAUGGAUGAAUCAGAUGGUGAAGGAUCACCCCAAUCUUGUGACCAUAGAGGACUACGGGCAGACCUAUGAAAACAGAAGUAUUACAUUAUUGAAGAUUGGUAUCAAAACCGAAACGAAGAAGAAGGCUGUCUGGAUGGACUGUGGUAUUCAUGCCAGAGAAUGGAUCGCUCCAGCAUUCUGUCAGUACUUCGUCAAACAGAUCCUGCAAAUGYAUGAAACGGACGAUAAAAUGAAAGAGAUGAUGAAGAACAUGGACUUUUACGUCACGCCGGUGCUCAACAUCGACGGCUACCUGUUCACCUGGAAGGACAACACGACUCGACUGUGGAGGAAGAACAGGUCAAAGGGACCUUYAGCUGACUGUUUCGGCACCGAUCUCAACCGCAACUUCAACUCCAACUGGGGCACGGUGGGAGUUUCCUUCAACUGCAGCUCACAAAUCUUUUGCGGGACCCAUGCCACGUCUGAGCCUGAGGCCCAGGCUGUGACAAACUUCUUGGAAAGUCGAAAGGACGACUUCCUGUGUUUCCUCACCGUUCACUCCUAUGGCCAGCUGCUCCUGGUCCCAUUUGGACACCCCAACUACACCGCCUCCAACUACGAGGAGCUGAUGAAGGUGGGCCGUGAAGCAGCUGAAGCCAUCUGGAAGGUCCACGGACAGAACUACAAAGUCGGAACCGCUCCAGAUGUUAUGUAUCCCUUCUCUGGUUCCUCCAAAGACUGGGCCCGUAUGCAGGGGAUCCCCUUCUCCUACACAUUCGAGCUAAGGGACAAUGGAACCUUUGGCUUCAAGCUCCCAGAGGACCAGAUCAAGCCAGCCUGCGAGGAGGCCUACAGCGGAGCUCUGCACAUCAUCACCUAUGCCCACGACAAGAGCUUCAACGGUGCCGCAGUGACCGCUGCGGCAACCCUUUGGACCCUGCUGUUAGCACUGGGGGUCAACCUGAUGUGAUCAGAGAAGCUGCUCUGAAAUGAUAAAUGUAUUUAUUUUAAACUUUAAAAUCAGAAAUAAAUCAGCAUUUUUCAGGUAAAAUAUUUAGUAAACUGUAACUUGGUUGAUGUAGUUYUGGUUGCACUUAUACUUUAUGGCAAAAGAAAAUCGAUUAAAUAAAUUAAAUUGAUUUAAAAGAC